UUGGUUUCUGUCUCUCUUUCAAUUUUCCAUUUCAAUUUUUUACUCCCAAGAUAUUUUCAAUAUGAAAUUUAUUUAAACGUUUCAUCUUGUGUUUUAUUCAAGGAUUGUCAAACCGUAUUGGAUGUUGCACCGGAAGUGGCAGGUCAUUUUUGUGCUUAAAUCAUGGUUUUACCGGGGUUUAACAAUUUUAUACCGCUAAAACUGCCUUCGGUUUGAGCUCUGGUUUUCGAUAAUUCUGGUCCCUCGGGCUGAUCUGGUACUCUUUCUAAAACAUUGGUUUUAAAUUCUUUAUUAAGCAAAUUGUGCUUUGAUUGCUGAUGCUGCAGUCCAGAGAAGCCAAAGACUGAGUACUAGUCGGAACAAAACCCAUGUCGACUUGCCAAAUGUUAAACAAAGUGACUGCAGAUAUCUCAGAGAACAAAUGGCAUGAAAGAGCACCAGACAGAGAAGUUGCUGAACAGUGUUCACAUAAUAGAAUUACUUGGUUCGCAUCUUCUGCAAAUGUCAACACCAGCCUGUAAGCGCAUAUACAUUUUGCCAAAUAAUUAAAUUACAUUAUCAUGUGAUGCAGGGGAGAUAAUCAAUUACCAAAUAUGAUAUGUUCUGGGCAUUGGAACCCUCCUACUCAACUUGUCUUUUUUAUAUUACUCGUUCCCACCUAAAUCUCUAUGUUUGACUAUUUUAAUUUGGGAUGUUUCUUCUUUUUUGUCUAGUGGAAGGAGAAAAUAUAAAGAAAGACUCGAUUCAGCAGUUGACUUGACAAACUGCUGCCAAAACACAAAGCCCUUGUGCAACAACAGAGUUGAUUAAAGUGGACUAAUCCAGUUCUUCGCUUGAGGAAGGAAACUCUACAAUUGAGAGGGCCAAAGAAGAGAUGUUGGGUUCCAUCAAGACAAUUUGGACAGAAUGGAACAUCAGGGGAGCUGUUCUCCUCAGCCUCUUACUGCAGGUCACCCUCAUUGUUCUCUCUCCUUUCAGGAGACGUACAUCAACCAAGUGGCUAGUCUCGCCGAUUUGGUUAGCUUACUUGGUGGCUGAUAUGGUCGCAACAUUCGCCAUUGGGCUCAUCUCCAAGACCCACAUCACCAAUCAGGAGGAUCCUUCUUCUGCUGAGAGCCCCGACACUGAUUUCCUCUCAUUCUGGACACCUUUCCUUCUGGUGCACCUUGGCGGCCCCGACACAAUCACGGCAUUUGCUCUCGAGGACAACCAGCUAUGGGUCAGACACUUGCUCAGUUUCUCCCUUCAGAUUUUUUCCACUGUCUACUUUUUCUAUCUCUCCUUUUCCAACAACAAGCUAAAGAUCCCCACGUUGCUCAUGUUUAUUGCUGGGGUCAUCAAAUACUUGGAGAGGACUUGUUCUUUGUAUCUCGCCAGCAAGAGUAAGUUCAGAAAUGAUAUGAUCAGAGAGCCAGACCCAGGGUUGGACUAUGAUAAGGCUGCCAAAUAUGCACAGUGGCGAUCAGAGUCGUCACAGUUGCCAGAUCAGCAGCAAACGUUGCUUGAUCAGCCGGGGACAAGGGAAGGGGAGACACUGGGAGACUUGGAGUUGGUAAAAAAAGGUUAUGGCAACUUCAAAACCCUCAAGGGACUUCUUGCUGAUUUGAUUCUGGGAUUUGAAAUCCGGGAGUUCAGCCGUGGGUUCUUCUUCCACAAGGCAUCUGCAGAAAAUGCACUGCGAGUGUUGGAGGUCGAGCUCAAUUUCGCAUACGAAGUUCUCUACACUAAGGUUUCGGUUGUGCAUUCGAGUUUGGGCAGAAACGCCCGCCUCGUCGCCAUCUCGGCAGUCCUGCUGGCACUCUCGGUCUUUCAUUUCCAGGGAAGAAAGUUCAAGAGCAGAGAUGGCUUCAGCGACAUUGACGUUGACGUCACGUACGCAUUGUUGUUCGGGGCAAUAGCGCUGGACUUGUUGGCAUUCAUCAUGUCGAGUCUCUCAGACUGGACCGUGGUAGCUUCGAUGCAGCAGCAAAAGUCCAAGUCAUGGUGGAAACAUCAUGUCCUGAAUCAGUUUCACGAUUGGGUAUUGGCUGCUCAUGUGAGGCUUCUUCAUAAGUCUGACAUUCUGUACAAAAAGCAGAAGAAGCAGGAGACCGACGAGCAAACAGAUCUAGCAAGGCCUAUUCUUUACAGGAGGUGGUGUCGUUCUGUACUGGGAUUUAACCUGUUGAGAUAUUGCAUUAGCAAGCCAUGUAAAAUUGGUUUCGGCCUCCAAAGCUUCUUAGAUGAGUGGAGGUUCAAGUCCACCAAGCCGCUCACCUUGGAGCUCUGGGAGUUUAUUUUCCACGAGCUGAAAUCAAAAUCAGAGUUCAUCGACGAUGCAGAGAGUGUGAGGAAGAGAUGUUUGGCAAGAGGCGAAGUCGUUCUGGAGAGGAAUGGAUUGGACAAGGGCCGCGUCGAUCUGAUGCCUUACAUUGUGGAUGUUACUUACGACGAGAGCCUGUUGCUGUGGCAUAUUGCUACCGAGCUCUUGCACAACACGAAGAAAUUGCCCGAGGAAUGUAGCGGAAGGAGAAAUGAAGACUUAAGCAAAACACUCUCGGAUUACAUGAUGUACCUCCUCAUAAUGCAGCCUACGAUGAUGGCAACUGUUUCAGGUAUAGGCAAGAUAAGGUUCGAGGAUACUUGUGCAGAGGCCAGAAGAUUCUUCGAGAGGCGGGGCAUCGGGAGAAACGAGGUGAGGAAUGGCUGUAAGAGGAUCAUGGACGUGAAGACAGAGGUCCAGCCCACUACGGUGAAGGGGCGAACCAGUAUGACCGUGCUGUUCUCGGCAAGCAUGCUUGCUAAGGAGCUGGAGAAGCUGGAGGGGGAGAGGAAGUGGAAGGUAAUAGCUGAAGUGUGGGUGGAGUUGCUGUGUUAUGCUGCCAUCAACUGCGAGAAGACGGCACACGCCCAACAAGUGAGCAAAGGAGGGGAGCUCAUCACUUAUGUGUGGCUCAUGAUGGCUCACUUUGGCUUGUCGAUGCAGUUCCAAGAGAACGCCAGCUCCUUGCUACGGGUCUAAUAUCAAUUUGUUUAGCAUACCAUUCUGGGAACCUGUUUGGCUCGAAUCGUCACAAGUCGCAGAUCGGUAAUUUAUGUGUUGGGUCAUGUCGAGAUGUGCGUCGAAACUGGUGCUGGAUUAUUACUAGCUAGUUGUGGGUCAUUACGGGUGCUGGUCAUAAACAUGAUCAGUGGAGAUAGCAUCAAGCAAAUCAUCAGUACCAUAAAUCAAUGCGGUUGCUGAUCUUUGAUCCAGUGAAUGAUGAUCUACAUCAAGGAGUACCGUGCAUGAGCAUGUUAUGACCCACAACUAGCUAUUUGGUCUAUGAUCAUGUGUAAAUACUGUAAUGGAUAAUAUUAAGAACAUAGGAAAGUUGUUUCUUCGGGGAGACACGAAGAAGGCUAUUCUAGGGCACCGCGGGAAUAGUCUACCCUCUUCAUCAGCAUUGCCAGUUUCAGACUACGAACCCUGCUUUCACUGAAUCAGCAGAUGAGCAUGUUAUCCAAUUGUAGCAAAAACCCAGAUGCAAUGAGAGCAUGAAUGCUUACCGAUGAUUGAUUCGGUGCAAUGUGAAACUCUCAUCUUGCUUAUUGCAUCCCAACACCGCACCAUCACUACAGUGGAAACCGGGCCUUGAGUGUGAUCCGAACACCAUGCUCGUUUCUUAGCUGCAUAGGACUCCGCCCAAUCUGCUCCAAUGUCCAUCUGCCCAACGUUCCACGAAUCUGUUUUGCCAGAGGGACCAUAAAGGUUUCAGCCUACUUCAAAGCAAUGAGAAAUCAAGAAGUGGGGGAAGUAAUGAAUGGUAGGGAGGAAAAGAUUAACUAGUUGAAUAACAGAACAAAAAUUGG